UACUGAUGGUGCACACGUUUAAACGAGUUUAUUUUUUUGACUUAUUCAACAUCUUCCCAAGCUACUUAAUUUGGCAGCUUCAUCCGCUGACAAGGCUACUGACCUGGACUCCACAUGACUCCACCAGGAAAAGUCCUCCUGACGGUGGUGCUGGUGGUGCUGUUCACGCAAGACAUUUUCUCCUCUAAAGCGGAGGAUCGUCUAUUUCGGCGUCUGUUUCGGCGGUACAAUCAGUUCAUCCGUCCGGUGGAGAAUGUGUCCGACCCGGUCACUGUGCAGUUUGAGGUGUCCAUCUCACAGCUGGUCAAAGUGGAUGAGGUGAACCAGAUCAUGGAGACCAAUUUAUGGUUGAGACAUAUUUGGAAUGAUUAUAAAUUAAAAUGGGCACCAAUAGAGUUCGAUGGAAUUGAGUUCAUCCGAGUCCCAUCCAACAAGAUUUGGAGGCCUGACAUUGUGCUGUACAACAAUGCAGUGGGGGACUUCCUGGUGGAGGAUAAGACCAAAGCCCUGCUGAAGUAUGACGGCACCAUCACUUGGGUGCCCCCUGCCAUCUUUAAGUCCUCAUGUCCCAUGGACAUCACCUACUUCCCCUUCGACUACCAGAACUGCUCCAUGAAGUUCGGCUCCUGGACCUACGACAAGGCCAAGAUCGACCUGGUGCUGAUCGGUUCCAAAGUCAACCUCAAGGACUUCUGGGAGAGUGGCGAGUGGGAGAUCAUUGACGCUCCGGGCUACAAGCACGACAUCAAGUACAACUGCUGCGAGGAGAUCUACCCGGACAUCACCUACUCCUUCUACAUCCGCCGGCUGCCGCUCUUCUACACCAUCAACCUCAUCAUCCCCUGCCUCCUCAUCUCCUUCCUCACCAUCCUCGUCUUCUACCUGCCCUCGGACUGCGGAGAGAAGGUGACACUCUGCAUCUCAGUGCUGCUGUCCCUCACUGUGUUCCUGCUGGUCAUCACCGAAACCAUCCCGUCCACCUCCCUGGUCAUCCCGCUGAUUGGCGAGUACCUGCUCUUCACCAUGAUCUUCGUCACGCUCUCCAUCGUCAUCACCGUCUUUGUGCUGAACGUGCACUACCGCACGCCCACCACGCACACCAUGCCGGCCUGGGUGCGCAGCGUCUUCCUACAGGUGCUGCCCCGCAUCAUGCUCAUGCGCCGACCCAUCGACCAGGAGGGGAAGGGGGCAGUGGGCGACCGGGAGCAGGAGAGUGGCGCAGGUUCCGCCGAGAAAGGGAAGAAGGGCAAGGGUGGCGGGCAGGGGUCCAUGAACUGCCUGGACUUUGGGGAGAACAAGCUGGGCAUCGAGGGCAAGAAGUGCCCGCGCCACACGGGGAAAGACACGCCCGAGAGUGACGGUGGGAAGGGGAGCCGGCAGGCGGGCUCUCCGGCGGUCAACGCGGUGGUGGCCUUCUCCAUUAUCUCACCAGAGAUCAAACAGGCCAUCGAGAGCGUGAAGUACAUCGCUGAGAACAUGCGGAGCAGGAACAAGGCCAAAGAGGUGGAGGAUGACUGGAAGUACGUUGCCAUGGUGAUCGAUCGCAUCUUCCUGUGGGUGUUUGUGCUGGUGUGUGUCCUCGGGACGCUGGGUCUCUUCCUGCAGCCCCUCUACACCUUCCUGACCUAACACAUCGCCCAGCAGACUCAUGGACCACGUGUCCCCACGCCCCCCCUUUCCUGGCAGAAUAACUGACUGUAUUGGCCAGCACUCACCUGGACCCGGCUGAGCCACCCGGACCCGUGCACAGACCCGACCCAGCGGGGAACAUCAACCAGAUGUGGCCUGUGUCCACUCACAUCACCUGUUCCGCAAAAAUAAUGAUGUCAAACCAUAGUAUAGUGUAACAAAUCAACAAAGGCACACUGCUCUAUUAAUAGAUAUCUUCCACUAACAUUUUUUUGUUGAUAAGAGAAGCAAAUUGUAACUUAAGUGGAAUAUGUCUAGACUAGUGCAUCAAUGUUAAAGAAGUCAUACCUUUUGACUUUAAGUGUACUUUGAAAAACUUUUUUCCAAAGCUUAACACCAAUUAAUUAAACAGUGACUUUGAAUAUAUGGUGUGUGUGUGUGUAUGUGUGUGUGUGCGUGUGUGUGUGUGUGUGUGUAUGCGCGUUUGUGUAUGUAUGUGUGCUGCAUGGUCAGGGCACUCUAAUUCUUCCUUUGACACUCUUUUCCCAUAAUCCUCUCUUUCAUUCCAUGCCUUUGUUCAUAUGUCAUUAGCAACAGGCAUGGCCCUCUCUCUUUGGUUAAAACCAUCAGUCUUUUAAUUUCAGCUCUUUUC